CGCUCCUCCCAGUGCCCUGCCCCUGUCUUAGGGGAAACCGAAAGUGAAAUAGGGACCUGGUGGCCACAGCGAGUUCCCAGAAAGUGAAGCAGGGGCCAGGCAACCUACACCGAGACCCCAAAAAGGUCUUUCCCUUCAAGGUCUCCAUAGCGCUGCAUACCAGGCACACCAUCCCAUGGCCUCAUCAGAGCCCUUGGCAAAGAUGUGGGAGGAGGUAACAUGCUGUAUCUGCCUGGAUGCCAUGGUGGAACCUGUGAGCAUUGACUGUGGUCACAGCUUCUGCCAGGAGUGUAUCUCUCAAGUCGGGAAAAACGGAGGUGGUGUCUGUCCGACAUGCCGGCGGUGCUUUCUGCUUAAGAAUGUCAGGCCCAAUUGGCACAUAGCCAAUGUGAUGGACACACUCAAACAAAUGAACCAGGAUGCCGAGGAGAAAGCACCAGGGGAACGGUGUGUGGUGCAUAGAGAGAGGCUUCUCCUGUUCUGUGAGAAAGAUGGACAGGCCCUCUGCUGGGUGUGUGACCAGUCCAUGAAACACCGAACACACAACAAGAUCCCUAUUGAGGAUGCAGUUCAGGAAUACCAGAGGAGGAUCCAAGUAGCAUUACAGAAACUGAGACAACAGCAGGAACUGGCCGAGAAGUUGGGAGUAAAUAUUGCAGCGAAGAGAAUAGACUGGAAGGAGAAAGUUGAGACACACAAAUCGAGGAUUCAUGCAGAGUUUGUGCAGCAGAGAAACUUCCUGGUUGAAGAGGAACAGAGACAGAUACAGAAGCUGGAAAAAGAUGAACGUGAACAGCUGAGAAUUCUGGGGGAAAUGGAGGAAAAACUCAGCCAACAGAGCCAGGCCCUGCAGGCACUAAUCUCAGAACUGGAAUGGAGGAGUCAGGGCUCCAGGACGGAACUGCUGCAGGAAGUGACAAUUGUCCUGGAAAGGAGUGAGUCCUGGAACCUUGCAAACCUGGACAUUGCCCUCCCAUCCCUGAAUAGUGUGUGCUGUGUGCCAGGGCUGAAGAGGAUGCUGAGGACGCAUGGAGUAUACAUCACUCUGGAUGGAGACACAGCCAACGAGUGGCUUGUCCUUUCAGAAGAUCGGAGGCAAGUGAGGUUUGGACAUGUCCGACAGAACGUGGCUGGAAAUGAGGAGAGGUUCGAUAAUUACCCUGUAGUCCUGGGUACCCAGAGUUUCAAUUCUGGAAAAUUUUACUGGGAGGUAGAUGUAACAGGAAAAGAGGCAUGGGACCUAGGAAUUUGUAGAAACUCUGUGCAGAGAAAAGGGAUUUUCUUGUUCAGCCCUGAGAAUGGCUUCUGGACAAUUUGGUUGUGGAAGAAAGAACAGUAUCACUCUGGCGCCUGCCCCGACACACCCCUCCACCUUCAGGUGUCUCCACGCCAAAUCGGGGUUUUCCUGGACUACGAGGCUGGUGUCGUCUCCUUCUACAAUAUCACUGACCAUGGUUCCCUUAUCUACACCUUCUCUGACUGUGCCUUUGCCGGACCUGUACGGCCCUUCUUCAAUCCUGGUUUCAAUGAUGAUGGAAGAAAUGCAGCCCCUCUGACCCUCUGUCCACUGAAAAUGUGAUGAUCAGGAUCCACUGUGGCUGGCUUUCUCAGGAUGCUGCUAUCCGCUCCCAUUGGUGCCUCUUCUCACCACAGACCCUGCCUCUCUUUCCCAAGAAAGAGCCACAUUGUCUCUGCAGAGCUGUCGGGAUCCCAGCCAGCAGGCUUUAGGAGGGAGGUCGCUGAAAGUCUUCUUACGCCGGGAGGAUCGCUGCAAAUUCAGAGGUAGCCUGGGCUACAAUAGUGAGUUGAAGGCCAGACUAAAUUAUAUAGGGGGACCUUGUAUCAAAAAACUAGAAAAUAAACAAGUACACAUCAAAAGACCUUCAACAUCAAUAUGCCUGCUCUAGGUUGUUUCAUGAUUCCCUCUAGUGAAACAUACUGUGUAUUUGGCCCAACCUCAUCUGGGUCAGCUAAAGACGUUUCUGCCUCCUUCCUCAACUUGUUUGUUCUCUGUAUCUCUUCAGUUGCUUACCUAUGGUCAGAUCUGUGUUACAGCUUUCAUGGUUUACAAAAGGGCUUUCAGAAUAAAAAUUCUGCCUCUCUA